CCCUGCCUCUUUUUUUCUUUCCCCCGGGGCUCUUCGAACGGCUUGCCUGUUUUGUCCUCUGUGCGCGUGUCCGUACAUCUUUUCGCUACUGUUUUCUGUUGUCUGGCGUGUGUUUCACCCCCUAGUGAUUGCUGCAAGGCUCCUCCUGCGAUCUGCAAAAGGGAGACCUUCCCUGCAAUCGUGGCUCUGCUCCCCAGCGUCCUUGCUGGCAACCGGGAAUUGAGCAAAAGGGAACCUUGGCCGAGCGCAAACCACACAAGGAUCCAUCGGAAGCACAUUUACAGAUCUGCCAAGUUUGUGGGAAGAAGUAGCUGUUCUCUUAUUCUGUUCUUCUAAAGAAUGAUGUAAAUGCAGAACUUGUAGCCAAGUACAACAUGGGCGCUAACACCUCUAGCAAGUCACCAAUAUACGAUGAGAAUGAAGAUGUUACCUUUGAUCAUUUUGAAAUUCUCAGAGCCAUUGGAAAAGGCAGCUUUGGAAAGGUAUGCAUUGUUCAGAAGAAAGAUACCAAGAAAAUGUAUGCAAUGAAGUACAUGAAUAAACAAAAAUGUGUGGAACGGAAUGAAGUGCGAAAUGUCUUCAAAGAGUUACAGAUCAUGCAGGGACUGGAACAUCCUUUCCUUGUGAACUUGUGGUACUCAUUCCAGGAUGAAGAAGACAUGUUUAUGGUGGUGGAUCUGCUUCUUGGAGGAGAUUUACGUUACCACCUGCAACAAAACGUCCGUUUUGAAGAGGAGACUGUGAAACUAUUCAUCUGUGAGCUAGCACUGGCAUUGGAUUAUCUCCAAAGCAGGAAUAUCAUCCACAGAGACAUAAAGCCUGAUAACGUCUUGCUGGAUGAAGAGGGGCAUGUUCAUGUAACAGAUUUCAAUAUUGCUACAGUGAUAACUAACGAUACACAGGUUACCAACAUUGCUGGCACGAAACCAUAUAUGG